GAAUGCGAAGGAAUAAAGGCGUCCUGAUGGGAGAAAGAAGAAAUACGCGUCAGGAUUCCAAAAAUAACACAACUCGGGUUGGAAAACUUUUGAGCGCGUUUUGAUUCUUUCCUUAAAGGAUUACUAAAACGUCUUUCGAGGUUAAAAAAGAAGAAAAAAAAAUCAAAAGUAAUCGUUUACACUUCACCAUUGCGUUUGGGAACAGCUCUCAGCGGAACUUGGGGACACUUCGACAGAUGUAUUUUUGAAAUUUCUGGGUUCGUGUUUUUUUUUUCCCUUCACGGAUUUCUACUUUUUUUUACUUUUUCUUGAAGUUUGCUAAGAAAGCCGACUUCGUCCAAGAAGAAACGCUCGUCUGUUGAAAGUGACCACCGGAGCGAUGCGAUGAUGCGAUCUGAUUCACUCUCAGCGAUGACGCGGAACCGGAGCGGCCCGAAACCAGACAAAAGAAUGACCGGACCGAACUUACUCACUCUGAUGCUCAUGAUACCGAUGCGCCUCGGCACUGCGGAACAUGAGUCAGGGCUGCACUUUGUGCAGAGUCCCGGGAACGUGACUUCCUCUCUGGGGAAGCCAGUGGUGGUGCAGUGCGUUCUGCGGGGUAACGGGGUGGACCAGGGGCCCCUGGACGUAUUCUGGCUGAGGGAGGGACAGCCGCUGGAGUUUGCUGACACUAACCAGAUGCAGGUGCCCGUAGAUGAGGAGACCUGGCUGGUGAUCAGCGAACUCAAGAUUGAGAAGGUACAGCUCUCAGAUAUGGGCGCCUAUCAAUGUGCGGUUUACUCACAUAAGGAGACUUUAUCCAUUGAAGGACACAUACAGCUGGAAGGUCUCCCUCAUUUCUCAAUGGAGCCGCAACAUAUGUCAGUGGUGGCUAACAUUGGGCUCAGUUUGAGUUGUGUGGCUCACGGUCCUCCUGAUCCGGUUCGGGUCAUCUGGCUGCAGGACGGGGCUCCACUCAAUAAUCUGAAUGACCCAUUAUCUCUCUCACCCUCAACUCUCAACAUCUCAGGUUUGAAUAAAACCAGCUCUUUCUCUUGUGAGGCUCACAAUCGUAAAGGUGUGGCAUCAUCUGGCACAGGUGUUGUGACAGUCCUUCCUGCUGAGCCCCAUGACAUUAAAGCUGAAGACAUCACAAAUUCAAGUAUACAUCUUUCUUGGCAGACAGGCUUUGGAGGAAUCUAUCCCAUUAGCCACUGCAAGGUUGAGGUUAAACCUUCUGGCAAAGACUUCAUCGAAAAUGCUGAUCACAUGAUCUACAACCAGAAUGUUAAUGGAUCAAUCACCAGCCACCUGAUGUCAGACUUGGAACCCUUCAGCCAAUAUGAUUUUAGAGUGGCCUGCCAGAGCAGCCAGGGCAUCUCUGAUUGGACGGCAUGGGUAACCAUCAGCACCAAUGAAGGGGUUCCGGAUUCAGCACCAGAGAAUGUAACUGCUGUGGUGAACGGGACAGAAGUUCUGCUGAGAUGGUCAGAACCUUCUGGAAAGAUAAAUGGCGAGCUGCAGGGAUACAUGAUGGAGUACAGUGCACCUCAUAUGGAACAGGUUGUGGUGGUCACGGGUUUGGACACAGAACUGUAUGUCAAUCUGUCUGCCCCCCUAUCCAAUGUGUCCUUCAGAGUAUGUGCGUACACUGGUGCGGGACAGGGGCCCUGGACACCCCUCCAAACCAUCACACUUAUCCCUUCAGAAAUGCUGCUUCUUUCUAGAGAUCCGUCAAGUCCUCCUGCGUUCUCCUGGCACUGGUGGUAUGUGGUGAUGUCCAUCGCUGUUGCCAUAGCUCUUGCGGUGCUCUUGGCCGUAUACAUGACCAGGCUGAGGCGGAAGGAGACACGCUUCGGCGAGGCAUUUGAGCCCAUGAUGGAGAGCGGUGAACUUGUUGUCCGAUAUCGAGCUCGACGCACAUACAGUCGACGCACGACGGAAGCUACACUAAACUCUCUGGGGAUCAGCGAUGAGCUGAAACAAAAGUUACAGGACGUAAUGGUGGACAGACACAAACUAACACUGGGAAAAACACUGGGAGAAGGUGAGUUUGGCUCUGUUAUGGAGGGUUUGCUAACUCAAGAAGACUCUGUGCUCAAAGUGGCUGUGAAGACCAUGAAAAUUGCUAUCUGCACUCGCACUGAAAUGGAAGAUUUUCUGCGAGAGGCGGCCUGCAUGAAAGAGUUUGACCAUCAGAACGUCAUGAGGCUUCUGGGUGUGUGUCUGCAGACAGUAGAAAGUGAAGGUUAUCCGUCUCCUGUUGUUAUUUUGCCCUACAUGAAGCAUGGAGACCUGCACAGCUACCUGCUGUACUCCAGACUGGGCGACUUACCUGUGUACUUGCCCUCUCAGAUGCUGGUGAAGUUCAUGACAGACAUCGCUAGAGGUAUGGAGUAUCUGAGCGACAAAAACUUCAUUCAUAGAGACCUGGCAGCUCGAAACUGCAUGUUAAAUGAGAACAUGAACGUGUGUGUGGCUGACUUUGGCCUGUCGAAGAAGAUCUAUAAUGGAGAUUACUACAGACAGGGCCGCAUCUCUAAGAUGCCUGUAAAGUGGAUCGCCAUUGAGAGCCUGGCAGACAGAGUGUACACCACCAAGAGCGAUGUGUGGUCAUUUGGAGUGACAAUGUGGGAGAUAGCGACUCGUGGUCAGACGCCGUACCCUGGCGUGGAGAACAGUGAAAUCUAUGAUUAUCUGAGACAGGGCAACCGACUCAAACAACCUCCAGACUGUCUGGACAGCAUUUAUUCCCUGAUGUUCUCCUGCUGGUUAUUGAGUCCAAAGGACCGGCCAAGCUUUGAGAUCUUGCACUGUGAGCUCGAAAAGGUUCUGGAAGAUCUGCCGAGCCAAGACCCAGAUGAGAUACUCUACGUCAAUAUGGAGGAGUCAUCCGGUGAGCUGGGGGCCGUGGGAGGCCGUGACCCCAUAAUGGGGCUCCCUUGUGCACUCGGGGCACUGAAGGGCUCAGGUACUGUUGCCACUGUGGAAGUCCACCACCCCAGCCGGUACGUCAUCUGCCCUCAGCACGAGAACCAGCGCCUGCUCAACACCGACUCCAUGGAGAGUCUUAACCUUAUUGGGUCUACACCCACACCGGCACUUCAACCUUCGUCCUGUUCCACUCCAGUGCCGCCCUCUGAAACUCAAGCCCUUGAGGAGCGAGACGGCCAAGGGGGAAAGAAAGUUCCCUGGCAGUGAUGCUGCAGUGACUGAAAUUGAUUUAUACUGCCUCUUGUGGCGAGAGUUACUGCUCCUAUCCCAAUUUGCACAAACAUUCCACACACUCCUCCAGACAUUCAGUGCUUAAAAUGAUUUUUUUCCCCUUUGCUUUCCAAAUGAUCUUUUAUGCUUAGUGUAGAUUUUGAGAUGUGUAUGGGUCAUAAUUUAUGUUUUCACACACAAAAAAACGUAAAUUCUUCAUAUAAAUCUAGUAAAAAUGAUUAUUUAUGUCAAUAAUAACAUUGCAACUAGUGCAAAUGGCUAUUCCGAUAUAAAAAAAUGUCAUUACAAGUAAAAAUAAAAAUGAUAUCUAGUAAUAAAGUGUUUUAAGAUUUCUUAAAUUACUCUUCAUUUAUUGAUAUCUGAAAACCCUUUCCAGAUAACUUAAAUACCAAUUCUAACUUAUUGAAAUAAAUGUAAAGAUAUAAAAUUAGCCAUUUUUACUUGUAAUUCAAUUGUUGAUAUCAGGAAUGCUUAUUUGUACUAGUAACAAUGUAAUUAUUGAUUUAAAUAGUAUAACUACUAAGAAUAACAUGUAUUUGGAAUUUCAACCAGUAAAAAUAAUUAUUAUAGAAAUCUGUAAUUGCGGUUGGAUUGAAUGACAUAUCAUUGUGAAAUUCUACUAGUGAAAAUGCAAUUACUGAUAUCAAUAAUUAUGUUUUUUUACUAGUUCAUGUGAUUACAUUUUUUUAAUCAAGAAUGGGUUUUCCACAAUUAAAUAUAGCAAAAUGUAAAAAUAACUUGUAGCUCGCCACUUGUCACGUUCAUGGACAAAAAUUCUAACUAAGGGUGAACUGUGUAAUUUCUGCGUGACUUGCGUCACCAAAUAGAAUUGCAAAAAUAAUGAUUGUUUCAAACAGGUUUCCCAAGCACUUCCCGUCCCAUCGCAAACUCACGCCAUUGGUUGAGUCGGUGUUGCUGUGUUGGGCUGGUUGGAUGCAAACAUAGCUAUGUUUUGAAAGUGCCACAAAGCUAGUGUUUACGUUUUUCGAAGAAACGCACCUACGAAUGGCUUACUUACAGUUGUCUCUGCAUAUUAGCUGGAUAACGGGGAAGUUACACACAUCACCUUUAACAUAGAAUGGAUCUAUUGCUUGUUGCUUUACUGCAUCACACGUGAUUUUAGAUUUAAAACAGAUAUUCCAGAAAGGCACAGAUAUACAAGUACAGCACAUUUACCGGCACAUUAUUAGAUUAAUAGCAGUCAAACUAAUGGAAUGAGGCCAGUUCUCAAUUACAUCAGGUCUAAGCUCAUCAUAUAGAUGGUGUGCUGCUGAUAUUGACUCUUAACAGUGAACUCAGGAGGUGCUUGCAUCAACAAUGACCAAUAAUACAAAGGUCAGAUUAAGCAAAAGCCACAAACUAGCAUGACACUGCCACUGUCCAGAUUGAGAUGGAGCUGUUCAAAUUUUUAAAGGAAUUGUUCAGCCAAAAAUUUUAAUUCUGUCAUAAUUUAUUCUCCAUCAUGUUUCAAACCAAUAUGGUAUUUUUAUUCCAUAGAAAACAAAAGGAGACAUUUUUGAAGAAUCGUUACACAGCUUUUGCCAUACAAUGGCAGUUAAUAUUGACCAUGUCUGGCAAGCUCCACAAAGGACAAAAAACACAAGAAAAAAAACACAAGAUAUAAUAAUUUUACCGUACGACUCCAUACAAAUUUUGUGCUAUAUUAGAAGUCUUCUGAAGCCAUAUGAUAACUUUUUUAAACAUAAACAUUUUUUGUUCCCUCGCAAUAGUUUUGCAUUCCCUCGCAAUAGUUUAGAAUUCCCUCGCAACAGUUUUGCAUUUUAUCACAAUUAGUUUGGAAUUCGCUUGCAAUAGUUUUGCAUUCCCUCAUAAUAGUUUUUCAUUCCCUAGCAAUACGUUUUGCAUUCGCUCGCUAUUGUUUUCCAUUUUAUCACAAUUAGUUUUGCACCCCUUUUGCAACAGUUUCUAUUUCUUCGCAAUAGUUCUGCAGUUUUUUUGGCAGAAUUAUUUUGGUUUUCCUGUGUUACUGCUACAGUUCUACCACAAAUAUCAUGGGUAAAAUAUGGUUUCUGGUAGCAUAGUAAAACCACUGCUUUUAUGGCACGUGUUGUCCUUUUUGGAGCAUAUAUACCGAUUCUUCUACAGAAAAAAAAACAAAAAAAACACUGCAUUUAGGUUUGUAACAACAUGAGGGUGAAUCGAUUAUGAUGACAGAACUUUUAAUUCUGGGUGAACUAUUUGUUUAAUCUGUUUCUGUCUUCUAUGACACUUUACACAAACUCUCUCAAGCCUCCUUCUGACAAACAUCCUUUCCAAAGAAACACAUGGAGGGUGACAAUAACAUUCCACUGCAGUCAAUCAAAUCAAACCAAAUCGUCAGUGAUGUCAAUUCAGUUCAAACGUGUGAUUUACACGCACUCUAACUAUCCUCAAGGUGUACACAUACAUGUUUUAACUGUUUCUGAGGUUUUCAGAAUCAACAGAGUGAAUAGAAGUUGUUUUUUUACAAUGAUAUGAGACCAAUUUUGUGGUUUCUUUCAAGAUGCAUGUUAUGUGAAGCUGAUUUUCAAAAGGGCUACUCAUAUGCCAGGUCUUUGCUCAUCAGAGGCCCUGCCCCAGACUCAAGCACAGUAUUAUAUUUUGUUUGUUUCUUGAUGUUUUUGGUCAAUUUGAUAUUUUGCACUAGUCAUUUUUAUAAAUGUUUUGUUUGUUUGUCUUUGUUUAUUUUGUAUUUUAUUGUUUGCAUCUGACAUGAAAUUUUAGACAAUGUAUAAUGAGCAUACAAAUACCAUAUUAUAAUAUCAUCAUACAAAAUAUUUUGUAUUAUCAUACAAAAAGACUCAAAUGCAAAAGACAUUCAUAGUCAAUCACAAAAUGAUUGUUCUAUAUUUGCAGUCGUAUUUUGAUUUUUUAGCUUUGUUAACAUUUUUUAGAUUCAUUGUCAUUUGUUUAUCAUACAUACAAGUUUUUGUUUUUCUUCCAACAUAACUUAACCAUCAAAUCUGCAAUAUGAGUAAAAGUAGACAUUCUGAAACAAACCAUUUCACAACAUAAAACCAAUGCAAGUGUUGUAUGGUGCAUUUGUAUGUAAUGUAUUGUGGUACUAGUAAGACUAGUAAGGUACUUUAUCACAUACAUUACUUUGUAAAUAAUUAUACUGAAAUGUAAAUUUGAUGAUGAACUCAUGUAUGAAAAUUGUUUUAUGUCUACAAGCCUUUUAAAGAGCAUGAAAUUCAGUAAGCUCAGCAUUAACCUGACGGAAUACAAACUGUUGUUUAAGACAUGUAGUGUGUAUGUUUCGGAUGUUUACAUUUUCAAUCACUUCUGUCUUCCACGAUGAAGCAGCAUUGUGUAUUUAGAUGUAAAACUGGCUCCAGUCUUUGAAAUAGAUUUGAAGGUUUUUUAAUGUUUCAGCUCACUGCAAAUGGACACAUUGUUAAAAAAAGACUAUUGAUUAAAAUGCUUUUACUUCUAAGCACACAUUUCAAAGUGCCUUUGACAGCCAGUAUUUUGCCUUAAAGUGGCUCAGUUUAUGGUGCACAAAUCUUUAGCUUUAGGUGUAUACUAUGUCUAAUGUUGUCUAUAUAACAUCAAUGUCACUAUUGUGAUUUUGAUAUGCUUUUUGUAUUAAAUAAAUACUACCUGCACAGUUGAUGCAUGGGUCUCAUAUCGUUAUAUGGAUUGCUCAAAAUUGAAUUUUAAAUUAAAACGAGACUAGAUAUAAUCAAUUAUAUUUACAUUUAUAAUUCAUGGAUCUUGCUCUUAGUAAAAAAAAA